AUGUCAAAAUUAUUAGUAAUUUUAGGUUAUUUUGUUGGUGCAUUUAUUGCAACUUAUAUUUUGUCUACUAUUGGUUAUUAUUAUAUGCUAAAGCAAAAUAUUAGGCAGAGUUAUAGAGAUCAAAUGGAUUUAGAGAAAUCAUUACAUGAUUAUACCUCAUCCUUAUCUGAUUCACGAUCUCAUUCAACUACUGUAAUAAAACUCAAUAAUUUCACUCCAGAAGAGUUGAGUAUGAUGGAUUCUACGACAAGAGUUAUUUAUCCAAAGACUACCUCCAAUUCGAAUUCCAAUUCUAAAACUAUUACUAAUGCUAGUUCUAAUAUCAGUACUAAUGUUAGCACUAUUGUUAGUACUAAUACCAAUACUGACCAUAAUAGGAAUACUGAUACUAACACAACUGCUUCUGAAAUUCAGGUAGAUGAAAAGACUUCCAAUAACAUUAAAGAGCUUGUAUACCAAACAAAAAAAUUUAAUAAAGCGGAUGUUGAAUUUUUAAGGGAAGUAAACUUAGCUUACCUUGAAAUUUCUUAUUGUACUUUCACAACAGGAAUAAUCAAUGGGAACAAAAGAUAUUGUCCUUCUCAGUUAUUGCAUAUUUUAUAUACUACAUGCCAAGAGAAGGAAAAUAAAGAAGUUGUGGAAAAUAUUAUUGUUACAAAGGGUUCUGAAAUGUCUCAAGAUAAUCAAAAUAAAUUAACUCCCAAUUUGACAAAUUUUGAAAAAAAGAAGCAAAUAAUUCUUUCUAAUAUUGAAAAUGAUAUUAUGAAAUUUGAAAAAGAUAGGAAAUUUAGGAAAUAUUUGCGUGAUACUACCUAUGACUAUUCCUUAGAUGGAAUUACUCAUCCUUUUUAUGUGCCAGAAUUAGAUGAACAUGUAAUAGUAAGCAAAAAAAGUAUUCAAAUAUACAAAGCUCGAAAAUAUAAGUUUCUAAAUAAACAUAGAGAGUACCAUAGGAAAAUAUUACUGAAGUCUAAUUUUGAAGAAUAUACAUCCGAACUUAGUGAAAUAGAUUUUGACAAUAUAUCUUUAACAGCUUCUGAAACCAAUGAAGGAAGUGCAGAGUCUAACAGCGAGCUUAACAUUCCAUUAGUUUCAAAAAAUAAAAAGAGAUCUAGAUAUAUCUAUGAAGUUGAUAGUGAAAACACUAUUAAUUCAUAUUUUAAUUUUUAUUAA